AUCCAAGAUGAAGCAAUAAAGUACAAAGCGAACAUCGACAUGCUGAUGGGAAUGGGCAAAGUGAUAAUCACCAUCACGGCCAAGCCUGGAGAAGAGCUUAUGAAACAGCCUGAUCUACCAAUCACACGUGACUUGCAGGCAUUAAACGAUCGUUACGAUAAUAUAUGGCGUGAUAUCGAGAAAAGAGGGAUAGACCUGGAAACUACACUAAAUAAUGCAGAUAAAUACUUCACAGCAUUGAAUGAAGCGACGACAUUUUUGGAUGAAUGCGAGAAAACAUUAGCACACCAGCCAGCCAUUGCUAAUGAUCUUCCAUCCAUCCAGAAACAACUUGUUUCUACAGAGGUCAGUGUGCUAAUAUACUUUAACUAAAACAUAAGUAGCAAAAUGUACGGUCGAUAUCUUUUUCAGAUAGUUCAGAUAAAAACACUGCAGCUUAUUGUAGAAUACUACCUACACUGGACGUUUGAGAGAUCUUUUUUCAUGUAGUUCAGACACAAACAACGGCAGCUUAUUGCAGAAUACUACCUACACUGGACCACCACGUUUGAGAUAUCUUUUUCAAGUAGUUCAGACAAAAAACAUUGCAACUUAUUGUAGAAUACUACCUACAUUGGACCACCACGUUUGAGAUAUCUUGUUCUGGUAGUUCAGACAAAAAAACAUUGCAACUUAUUGUAGAAUACUACCUACACUGGACCACCACGUUUUUGAGAUAUCUUUCUCAAGUAGUUCAGACAAAAAAACACUGCAACUUGUUGUAGAAUACUACCUACAUUGGACCACCACGUUUGAGAAAUCACGUAAAAUUUGCAACGGCUUUUGUUGUUAUUUCAGAAUCUGCUUUCGAAAUUGGAGAACUUCACGCCAGUCAAAGAUGCAUGCAGCAGUGGAGAAGAAUUGAUUCGUGAUCGCGAAGAAGCACCAGGCUGCAAAGAUGUGAAGAAACAGAUUUCGUUGUUGAAAGAGAGACAGGACUCCGUCUUAGAGAGAGCUCGUGCUCGUCGAGACAGAUUGCUUGGUGCCGCUGAUAGACCGAUCUCUGAGUUCAGAAAUGAGGUGCGAGAUAUCAGUGCUUGGAUCCAGGAAUCGUGGAAUGUGAUGUCUGCAAUAUUGCGUGGUGAAGGAACCGUUGUCGGAAACCAAAGAAAAAUUGAGGUAUUUUACCGUUUGACAAUGAAAGCCAUUAAACACUUAGGACUGGGUACACGUAUUAUAUACACCAGCGUUUAGUUUUUUACACUUCAGUUGGUUGCAUUGAAAAUAUCAUUAGCUAUUGCUUUGUACGGCCACUUGUUACCAUUUACUUUGCACUAAAGUGAUUAAAACAAAAUAUUGUAUGUUAUAGCACAAAUGUUUAGCUUUUCAUAGUUAAACAAAGGUAAACCUUGGUUGCAUUGACAAUAUUUUUAUGUUGUAGCAAAUUGACAUCGAAAACGAGAGGAUGAAGCCUAUGAUGAAAGAAAUCAGAAAGAAUGGAGAAAACCUGAUCAAGUAUAUGAACAGCAGGAACCAGAAUCCCCAACCUGUAGUCACCAUGAUGACGAAACUAACUAAAGCUUGGGAUGAAUUUCAAGAGAAGUUGCUGUUGACUAAAGAGACUGUGAACGAAGGCAAAACUCUACCUCAAGUAAGGCUCUUGUGCUUAUGUACUAUUGACAAAAUGAGCUGUUGUAUUGGAUAUACAAACUCGAACCGCAGACUACCAAAUAUGAAGAGUAUUUUCUAACUCCGGUAACGACAUGCUGCAUGAUGAGCAUCUGCUGAGCAACAGUUUUUAAACUUUUUAGAAGCCGAUUUACAUCACACAACUUUGGCCUAAACUUAGUGUCGCAUACAACCUACUUACAACUUGAUUUGCACUGUGUAAAUCAAGCACACAACUCGUCUACGUUGUUAAACCCACCAUAGUACAAUGUUGUACUGUAUUCUGUUUCUUAAUUAUACUAUGUUGUGUUUCCUUGUGCUCUACUGGUGACUGGCAGCUGACAAGCGGCUGACUACUGUCUGCUGUGAUAUGUUAUGAAUUAUUGUUGUGUUUUUGUUCAGUAUUGUUCUUAAGACAUAAUUACUGACUUGUACGCAGCCAAAUCAUAGAGCGAAAUUCCUGAAUAUAAGUCAUUUAUAUUAUCUUUGAUUAGGAACCAGAAUUCUUAGAAAAAGCUGUGGCCAUCGAAGCUUUCUCUGAGUUCCCCGAAGAGGACAUUGACACGGAACCUAUGGACACCAGUGAACAUGUCGAAGAAUACACGGACGAGCAAGGACGAAAGGUGAAACGUAUCACAAAAAAGACGUAUUCCUCAGUUGCUCCUGAAAAUGGCGCAGAGCCCGAAGAACAUGUCGAGGAAUUUAUUGACGAACAGGGACGUAAAGUGCGUCGAGUUACGAAACGUGUUGUCCGACGUAUACAGGUACGAGAAUAUGACAUAUUUUCUGCUCUAUAUUUGAUACAGACUGUGUAUUAAAUUAUAUUUCAUGAACUCCGGUCGAAAUAUAUGAGACUACAAGUGGUAUGACUUCGUCUUUACCGUGCUUCGGACCACAAUUUAACACUAGGGUACCCCCUAUAAAAAGAAAAGUCAAAUCUAGUGCCCUCUAUGGUUGUCAUAGGAACGCUCUUCCCAUGAUGCUCCAGUGACUUUUUUACCUUGUGCUUCGGACAUGAGCAGGUAAGUGAAUUUUCGCUGUACAAUUGAAUCUUUUUUACCUUCUCUUUUAUAGCUAUAUAAUGAUUUUUUAGCUUAAACAGUGCAUUAUACUACGAGCUUGAAUAUGUCCAGCCAUCGCUCUCGUAAGCGUUCCCACUCGCGAGAAAAAUCGCAUCAUGCAUCGACGAACAAGUCGUCCAAACGGCCCAAGAGCAAGGCCAACGACGAUCUGGACGAAAACGAUCAUAUUCUUCGUCAAAUUCUACAAUCCGUUACGGAUUUGAAGGCAGACAUGUCCGUCUGCAACUCCAGGAUUACUGCUCUUGAAGCUCACUCAAGUGAAACGGCCUCUCAAGGCUCCCAUUUCCGUGUCGACGCCGAACACGAGGAUGACGCACUGUCAGUUUCGGCGGGAAAUGACAUCGACUGCUUCGAUGCUUCUCAAUUGGAAAAUAUGGCUACUAAGCCACCAAAUUUGGCCAUUAGGCCACCAGAUUUGACUAUUAAGUCACCAGAAAUGACUCAGGAGUCACCAGAUAUGGAUAUACUUACGAAAGAAACUGACCCCCAACUUGUGGGUCCCACUAACGAGCAUCUUAACUCACAUUUGUACGACCCUGAUGACCUAGCCAUCGCAUGGUCACCUUCGGAAACAUUUACCUCAUUUCUUGAGAAGAAUUUUCGCCGAAAACUAACUUAUGACCAGGUUUGUGAAAUUUUAGAAACUCAAUCAGUUCCCUCAGUCGAGGCCCUUGUGGCCCCAACACUUGAUCCGUCAGUGGUGCAGCACAUUGCCCAAAACAAUAAAAAAUUUGUCCAAGAACGAGACAAAGAGUUGCAAUUGGUCCAACGGGCCUUACUUAAUGCCACAGGGCCACUGUGCACGUUACAUGAUCAGCUGGAAAACAAUGCACCAGUGGAUCUUGUAAAUUUGAAAACAACUGUCGAACAAACACUUUGCCUGUUGGGUUCAGCCAACACACAGUUGUCCAUCCUUCGCCGCAAGAAGGUCCUUGCUUCUAUUAACAAGGGAAAGCUUGAUUUAGCCAACCAACCCUUGCCCAAUGCCAAGAAGUGGUUAUUUGGGGAUGAUUUUCCAUCCAUUGCCUCAAAAGAGGCAGAACUUUCUCGGGGUCUAGCAAAAAAUCUAGCACCUGCUUUCACUAGGCCAAAACCGCAAGGCCCCAGAUUUCCCAGCUCUAACCAGUCAGGUUACAACCAAUCAAAAUACCAGAAUUUUCAGUUUCCUCGCCACAAGCAGAAAUUUUUUCGAAACCCCCGGUUGCCCUACCGACCACAGCACAACUCCCAAGGCACAUCAAACAGUGGCAGGAACUGA